AUAAAAGACAUAUUUAUAUGGUACAUGUAUGCUUUGUGUGUAUCACAAUAUGAUUUCAAUGGUUAGUAUUCGAAAAGCUUGAGCCGCGGAAACACGAGAAGACGAUGGAGCGACAACUUAUUUGCAUUUUCACUAUAUUGUGCUUUAUUUCUGCAAGUAUUGGAAGAACAGGAUUCGGUCCCGGAGAACAAGAAUGGGGCUAUGUUCAAGUACGUCCCUACGCAAACAUGUUCUGGUGGCUUUAUUAUACUACGGCAGAUGUUAAAUCAUAUUACGACAAACCGCUAAUCAUCUGGUUACAAGGUGGACCAGGCGCAUCUUCGACCGCAUAUGGAAACUUCGAAGAAUUAGGGCCUCUUGAUGUCGAUUUAAAACCGAGAAACUACACUUGGGUCAAAAAUUACAAUCUUCUCUUUAUUGAUAAUCCCGUUGGCACUGGCUUUAGUAACGUUGAAAAUAAAUCGUCAUUCGUAACGACAAAUGCUGAAAUCGCGAGCGAUCUUUUAGAAUGCAUUCGAGGAUUCUACACCCAAUUACCGCAAUUUAAACCUGUCGCAACGUAUAUCACCACUGAAUCAUAUGGUGGAAAAAUGGGCGCGGAAUUUGCGCUUGUUUGGGAUCGAGCUCAAAGAGCUGGCACUAUUGAAAGUAAUUUAAAAGGGGUUGCACUUGGAGACGCUUGGAUUUCUCCUGUCGACUCUGUAUUGACAUGGGCACCAUAUUUACUCAACAUGGGUAUGAUUGAUACGAAAGAUUUUUACGAAAUUGACGCUGCGGCAAACGAUACAAGAAAUAAAAUAGAAACAGGCCAGUGGCUAGAGGCGCUUAUUGAUUUUUCUUUUACGCAAAGUCUCAUUUUAGAAAAAACUUGCAACAUUGACUUUUAUAAUAUUUUGACAAAAAGGAAAUGUGAUCAUUUAUUGCCGCAAGAAUUAUUAUUCUUUAAUGAAGAAUCUCUAUAUCAAAAUUUUUUCAAAGAAACUCAGUCACUUGAUACUUUGAUGAAUGGUCCAGUAAAAGAAGCGCUUGGUCUUAACGUCACUCAUGGUAGUCAAUCUCGCAUAGUUCGCGCUCGCUUAAUGAACGAAAUUAUGAAGCCUGUUACUAAUAUAGUGGAACAAUUACUUAAUGAAACUAAGUUGAAUGUAUUCGUAUACAAUGGGCAAUUGGAUUUAAUUACCGAUACACCGGGCACUCUUCAUUGGGUAGAAAAACUAGAUUGGACACAGCAGUGGAAAUGGUUGCCGAGAGAGCCGCUCCUCUCUAAAGACGGCUAUCUCGAGGGUUUCUCGAAAACUUUAGAUAAGUUUUGUAUGUAUUGGGUGAACAGAGCCGGACAUAUGGUUCCGAGAGACAAUCCAACAGCUAUGGAAAUAAUACUAAAGAAUUUGACAAGCAACGCAUGAAAUUAAACAAAAGCAAAAACUAGCUUUUAUAUUUGUAAAUAUAAAAACUAAAUGUAUAAUUUUGGUAAUGUUACACUCAAAUUAUUAAAAUUGUUUUAUCCGUUUUUUAUAAAAUUAAAAAAGAGAAACAAUUAAAAUAUUUAUGAAUUUCUAGUGCAAAUUAUGCAAAUGUUAAAGAACAAUUCUGAUAAUAUUAUCAUAUGCUAAAUUAAAAUUGUUGUAUAAUUUAUAUUAUAUAAUUGACAAGUUUUGUAUUUUAAUGUAUAAUCAUUUGUAUGUGCCUAAUUUACAUUUCUUCCAAUUUUUUAUCUAUUAAACAUAUUGUUAAUAAAAAUGAUUUGUAUUUGAUAGCGCAUAAACAUAUGUAUAAAUUUCUGAUUAAAAUAUACGUUUAAUCAACAUAAAUAAUAUUUUAUUAAAUUAUAUAUCUCUGCAUCAAUCGUAAAUAAUAUCGGUUAAAAAGGAAGCGUCCGAGAAAUCGUUCGGCUCCGAAAAUAAUUAUCGCAACACUGUAUGUAUAAAUUUCGCCAACAAUUAAUUAAAAAGAAAAAAGUCAAAUAAAAUAAAAUAU